GCCCUGCUGAUGUUCACUCCAUCUGGGAUCUCCACAGGAAUCCAAGUGGCGGAUGGCUUCAGCAGCGCCCUGAUGCUUGUGACUGGUGGCAUCUUCGGAUGGCUCUCAAGCAAUGCCAGGGCAGUCUACCAUGAAAUCAUGCGCUGGUGGGGUGGACCUACGGAGUGGAGACAGAUUUGGGAAGACUACAAGAAGUCCCGCAGCGAAAUUAUGAAGCAAGAAACCCAUCCGGACACAAGAUCUUAUCUCAUCUCGGACCUCCGGCAAGAGUUCCGAGACAACUACCCGCAGUGGGCUCACAAAUGGAAUUAA